CAUUAUCGAGUAGCUGACGUCGAUGCCGAUGACAGUUGUAUGCCCGGUAUCGAUAAGUGUAGAUGUAGAAAAAAAUAAAGUGAGAAUAUGGCGAGUUUUGAGGGCCAGCAAGAAAAUUAUUCGAAUGAACCAGCAGUGGAAAACAUACCCAAACGACCCGAGAGCCGAGAGGGAAGCGCAGAACGAAAAGUGUCCAAAGAUCGAGAGGAGAAACUGAAAUAUGCGCGAGAUCGACAAAAUGAGGAGCGACAAAGAAAGAUCGAGGAGCUGCGAGCUCAAGCGGAGGCGGCACAAAAGUAUCGCGAACAGAAGGAGGAGGAACGACGACGUCGCAUUGAGGAGAUGCGAGUGCGGGAUACAGAGAAGCGUCAUCAGGUUGAGGAGCGCAAAAAGGCCAUUAUUGAGGCCGAAAAGGAGCGACGUGAAUAUAUUCUUAAAAAGAAUCAGGAUCGAGAAUCGCGAAUAGAGACAAAGAAACGCGAUAGAAACUCAAUUGCUUUUGCUUUUGGCUCAUCAACGCCACGUUUAUUGGAUGUGCCGGCUGAUUAUGGCCUGGUAUCGCCCAGCACCUUUUGGAGUCAGCGACGAUCAACAUCCAUAUCGAACGUAGCGGGCGCCUCGCUCUCACGUCGAAGUUCCGAGCGUGAACUUGCCGAUAGUGGUGCUAAGAAGCGUACCUCCUCAUCCACGGACAGACACGAUGAUCAUCGGCGCAAAUCUUCGUCCAUGUAUGAGGUGUUCAAUUGGGGCUAUUCAAAUGAUGAGCCGCCCAAGAGAUUUUCCCUCUCGAUCGCUGGCAGCGAGAUCAAUAUUGAUGGGCCAGCGGCGUCUAAUUGUAGAACGCCCAACGCUCAAAAAUUGACUUCCACAACAACAACACCAAUAACUACAACAACAACUGCCAACAACAACAACAACUACAACAAUAACUCAUAUCGUAAGGAAGAUAUCGUUGACACAUCACAGAACAUUAUGUUCCGAAGCGUUUACCGCAGGAAAACGGACCUCAUGCCGACAAUACCCAGCCCCCGAGAUGGGCACUACGGUUCGCGCAGCUCACUGAGCACCACGCCCAGAACCCCAGGACGCGCCUAUUCGAUGAAUCGCUUGGAUCAACUGGCUCAGCCAAUCCGACGCAAUGGUGAGCAUGUACGCUCGGUACUGGAACGGGAGCGACGUGAACGUGAACUGGAGAUGUUGGAUGAGACGGCUUCUUUGGGUGGCGGCAUAAGCGGUCGACGUAUCCAAUCCGGAGCAGCAGCUGCACGUGGCAGACGUGGUGGCAGUGCAAGCGGUGGUGCUAGUGGUACAUCCACUGCGGUUGGCGCAAUGUCCAGGAGCAUGACACAUCUGGCUGCUGGCGGUGGUCAAAGGGAGCGUGGAAAGUAUUCACUUGGUGGCGGCAUCUCGACCAGUUUUCGACCAUUGGGUAACGGUCAACGUGACUCCAGUAAAAGCAUGACACAGAUUAGUUAUUCCUGGUCGCAAAUUGGCACAAUAAAUCCACAUGAUAAGCAACAACAACAACAACGCCAAUCGAAUCUUGGCUUACAAACGAGCGCAACUAAAAAAUAUCUUCAAUCAUCAUUUGCCUCAUCCCUCAACAAUGCAUCCUAUGCGACAGCGUCAGCGAAUGCAACUAGGCGUGCCCAGCAACAAUAUACAACUACUACUAACCCACACAAUUACCACCACCACCAACAAAACCACCACCACCACCAACGUUAUCUCGAUCUCGAUCCAAACUCAUUGUUGCUCAUGAACUCUUCUAGUUUGUUAGUGAAUGCAGGCUCGCGAUCUGGCAAUGUGACACCUGGCGGUCAUGGACAUUUGAGUGGCUCACGUCCAGGCAGCGCCAUGUCCACAUCCACAACGCUGUCCACAUCGGGACUUGUACCGAGGCGUCCAGCGACCGCAACACGCAAGCCAAGGCCAGCGAGCAUUGCCGGCACCGGCAUGUCCCUAGAGGAGAUUAACAAACUAAAGAGGGAGCAGAAGCCGCCGGUGAAGACAACAAAUGCCGCCGCCUCGCCAUCCACGUCUACAGCACAAACGACACCCAAACGAACCCCGAACCUAAUGUCCACCUCAAUGAUUGUCACCUCCAGUUCAUCGCGCAUCAGCAGCGCCGAGAAAAAGACGCCAUCGAAGCGGGAACCUCUGCUGCCCAAGGCUUCCUCCGCAUCGAAGGCACAGACCAGCCGCACCGCCAGCUCGGAGCGCAUUAGUCGACAUGGUUUGGCCAAGGAGUCGAUAAGUAAAUGCCCUCCAUCGAUGAGCACGUCUAUGAUUGUGACCUCCACCACAACAGUGGCAACAACGGCAGCAAAUGCAGCGCCUGUUGCCGAGCCAAAGGCAAAUGGUGUGGCCAAGGAGCAGCCGGAACAGCUUAACACGGAAGUGCCCACAGCAGCAGUGGUCUCGGUCAGCAAGGCGGAGAAAGAGGCGCUAAACACUGAGAAGACGGAGCAGGUGCAGGUGCAGCAGCAGGAACAGAAACAGGAGCUGCUGCAAAUGGAUGUUGAGACGCAACCAGAGACAGUUGAAGUGGCACCAACAGUUGCCAAUUACAGCGUGGAGGAGAAGGCAGACGAGGGCAACGAGAAACUGCCUCAGGUUGCACAAGAAACCGCUGCUAGUGGCCAGAAGAAGACAUCUGCACCAACAUCCCGCAAUGGCAGCAAGGAGAACUCGGAGGUGCGUGAACUGACACCGCCAACAAUGGCAAAUCUCGUGGUCGAUGGCGGAAGCAAUGAUUUGAUGACAGCAUCGAUGAUUGCCAAGAAGAUCACAACUGAGGAGGAAGCAAAGGCGGCAUUAGCCGAAAGACGACGCCUGGCCCGCGAGGAGGCCGAACGACAGGCUGAACUGGAGCGACAACGACUCGAAGCCGAGCGUCUGGCCGAGAUCAAGGCCCAGGAGGAGGAAGCCGAACGCCAGCGACUGUUUGAGGAGGAAUCCACACGUCUGGCCGAAGAACAACGUCGCGGCGAGGAGGAGCGUCUGCGCAAGGCUAUCGAGGAAGCACAGCAGCAACAGGAGGAGGAGCAACGCAGGCGCGAGGAUGAAGAACGCCAGCGUGUUGAGCGCGAGGAGGCUGAAAAGAAGGCCAAGGAGGAGGCUGAAAAGCAGCGCAUCGAAGUUGCCGAGCGUCUCAAGCGCGAGGAAAAGGAGCGCGAGGAGAGACGCAAACGGGUCGAGGCAAUAAUGUCGCGUACACGCAAAGCAGGCGCUGCUGCCACGCCCGUCAAGGAAUCAAAUGAUGGCAAGAUUGCGUCGGCUGCCAAAGAAAGCGAUAGCAAUAGCAGUAAUAGCAACAGCAACAGCAACUCAACUGGAGGAUCGCCCAACAGCAGCAACAGCAGCAGCACUGAUGUUGCCGCAACCGCUGUGGCAAGUGUGACAGGUGUGGCAACAACUGUUGUGACAACAACAACUGUCUCAGAUCAGGCCAUUUAUGAGCAAUCGGUGCUGGACAAGGAGAAUUCGCUGAUUAAUAGCUUCUCCAAUAUGAUUAUCGAUGAGAAUGCCAAGAACUUGCACCAAUUUGAGGUGAGCAACGGCAAAUUGUUGCAUGUGGAAGCUGUUGCUGUGGGACCCGUUGCACCAACUGUGGCCUUGGCCAAUGGCAAUGGUCAUAUCGAGAAUGUUAACAAUAAAAAUGACAUUAAUCUGCUACAGGAUGCAGUGACUCCAGUUCCAGUUGCAGUUCCAGCGACCGUCACCCAGCUGAUCGAUCUGAGCAUUGAGUCACAACAUCAAGAUGAUCUACACAUCAACAACAAUAACAAUAAUAAUAACAACAACAGCUUGCUGACCAGCACAGCGGCAACCACCACGCUAGUCACUGCUGAUAGUCACGAGAAUAAAGAUAUAUCGUUGCUGUGAAUCCGAUGAGAAGGAAACCAAACCAGAUUGUUUGUCGAGAAACUGUCUACAAAAAAAAACUGAUAUAUAGCUAAAUGUGUGUGGAGUAUUUAUUUAUAGAUUUGAGAUAGGAUCAACAAUGCGAUGCGAUGCGGAUGUGUGGUUGGAGAAUGUGCAAAAAGAAUGCAACAAAUGAUGGUUACUAGAGAUAAACUAACAAACAGGAAAACAAAAUGCUUAUAAAAAACUAUAUACACUCUAAUAUACAGAUAUUUAUAUAAAUAUAUAUAUCUCUAUAUAUAACUAAAUGUAUGCAUUAUAAAGAAGGAGGAGGCAAAGCUGCAAGAGAAAGAGAAUGAGAAGCAAAAGCGAGUGCAUGUAAUAUUAGUUAAGAACUAAGACAAAAACUAAAAGAGAGAACAAUGAGAAAUGUUGAUAAUGAUAAUGAUGAUCAGCCUGAUAAUUGGCUAGCAAUUCGAUAUAUCAAAAAA